AUGCCAGAGCCAUCAUGCUUCUCCGAACCUGGAGUCUUUGAUGUGAGCCUUGGGCUGUUCCUGUGCGUGGGCACCCUCAUCUCCUUCCUUCCCCAGCACUACUCGCUGUUGCGCCGGCGGUCGCAUCUGGGCAUCAGCUUCUUGUGGCUGUGGAUCAAUAAUUUUGGCAACUUUUGCAACACCUUCAGCGACGUCCUGGACCAGUGGUCCAAGAUCGAGUGCUGCUCGCAGCUUGGUCCUUGGCAGUGUACAGAAGUGCUGCUCGUGUUUUUGCAACUGGGGAUCAACUGGGCGUGUAUAUUCCUUGUAUUUAUUCUGGCCCUCGUCUUCUUCGACUACGAUGGCACAACGCAGUCCUAUAACCAACGGCUAACCGCCUGGUUGGGCUUCGUAUUCUACGUCGCCCUGGUCGGCUUUGGUAUGGGGACGGCGUUCGUGUUCGUGCUGCUCAUGGACCCGCACUCCGGCCCGGCGCAAACCUAUGCCAACACGCUCGGCAUCGUGUCGGCCAUUGUGCCCGUCUUCGUUUGGACGCCGCAACUCUACACGACCUACAAGCUCAAGGGUCCGGGCUCGCUGAGCUUGACCAUGCAGGUCAUCCAAACGCCCGGUUCCUUCAUCCAGGCGUUCUUCCAGAUCUGGAGCGGUGAGUGGUUGGUGGGCAUGACUGCCGCCAUCUCGGGCUUCGAGCAGUUGUUGCUGGUGCUCAUGUGCACGUACUUCAUGGGCAUGGAUUGGUGGCGAGCGCGGAAGGCGAAGAAGGAAGGCGGUGCCGGCGAGCCGCUUCUCGGUAACAAUGGAGAGGUGGGCAAGGGACUCACCAUCAACGAAACGAAGGAGGAGAAGCACGACUUCGAGAGGGCCAAGGUGAUCGAGGAGGUCGAUCAGGAUGCGCCCUUCUGA